GUGUGUGUGUGUGUGUGUGUGUGAGUGUGUGUGUGUGUGUGUGUGUACAUAUACAUACAGCAUUUUUCCAGGCUCUCCCGGUCCAGUUCUAGUGAUCCUGGGGGAAUUGCAGCCAGUUUCCUGUUCUCAGCUGACAGGAGUGACACCAGGUGGGAUCUUCUGCUGCUACUGGAGUCCAUCUGCCAUGUUGUGGAUCAGAGACGCUGUUCUGCAGACCUUGCUGUCCUUUCCUCCCACACAGGCUGCCAGAUGUUGGAGGGGACCGCCGCCCACCUAUGGAUGUGCUGGAGAGCUUUCUACCUGCUGGCUGCGGGUGUGGCGUUAGCGUGUGAAGCACGCCUGCCGUGUCCACCGUCCUGCCGCUGCAACGCCGCCGUGCUGGAGGUGAACUGCUCCGGGGGUCAGCUCACCUCCGUACCUAACGGCGUCCCCCAAGACGCUAAGCUGGUGAACCUGACCCACAACACAAUCAAGACUCUCGUGAAUCAUCAGUUCUACAAUCUAAGCCAGCUGUUCCAUCUGGAUCUCAGCGACAAUCUUUUGGCGUUCAUUGAAGUGGAAGCCUUCCUGGGCCUACGGAGCCUGUUGACGCUGCGCCUAGCUCGCAAUCAGCUGAAGAUCCUUUCAGUGGGGGUGUUUGCUGGCUUGAAGGACUUACGGUUACUGGACAUAAGCAGCAAUAAGAUCCUCGUGCUUUUAGAUUUCACCUUCAAGGACUUGGCGUCCCUGGAGCUCUUCACAGCAGACGACAACGACUUUGUUUUCAUCUCUCGCCAAGCCUUCGCGGGGCUGACCGGUUUAAAAAGGCUGGCCCUUGAUGUUCAGAACCUCACUGCCGUGCCAACAGAUGCGCUCGCUGAGCUAAGCGUGCUGAGGAGCCUUCAUCUCCACCAGCUGGGCCUCACCACCCUCCCAGAUUACUCCUUCCAUCAUCUAGACCUCCUAAAGGAGCUCGUCAUCUCUCGUUUCCCCCAGAUGGAGUCUUUGUCGGUAAACAGCCUCUUUGGGUUGAAUCUCACAUCCCUAACCAUCACACACUCCAACCUCAGUGCUGUACCUUACACACCUUUACGCCCCCUUGUGUACCUUGUGUACCUUGACCUUUCAUUUAACCCCAUCAGCUACAUUCAAGGGAGCCUGCUUGGAGAUUUGCUCCGACUCCAAGAGUUUCAUCUUGUCGGAGGUUCAUUAUUACGCAUCGAAAGUGCAGCCUUUAAGGGUUUGGUGCAUUUAAAAGUGCUGAACGUGUCGAGGAACCUUCUCACCACGCUGGAGGAAGGAUCGGUUCAGUCGGUGGACGUCCUGGAGGUCCUAGGGCUCGACGGCAACCCGUUAGCUUGUGACUGCCGUUUGCUUUGGUUGGUGAGAAGGCGGCCGUAUGUGGACUUUUACGGAUGCCCGCCAACGUGCUCUACCUCGGUCCAGCUGCAGGGCUGGAAUUUCCUGGACUUCGCCGCGGACGAUCUCUCAAAUCUGCUCACCUGUCGCCGGCCUCGGAUUUUAAACCGCAAACCUGAAGAUGUGAGAGUGGAUCAAGGACACACCGUGGUGUUUGACUGCAGCGCGGAAGGUGAUCCUCAGCCAUCUGUCAGUUGGCUCAACCCUCAGCUAAGACAUAUUUCACCCGUCGGUCGAAUACGAGCUCUGACUAACGGCUCUCUGGAGGUCCGCUACGCUCAGCCUCUCGACAGCGGCACUUACAUCUGCGUGGCGUCAAACGCAGCAGGGAACGACAGCCUGCCCGUCAGCCUGCACAUCCGAGCCCUCCCAUCUAAAACCCAUUUUCAAACCUGGCUUGUCUCUCCGUCUGCUCCUCCGGGUGGGAGUGGAAAUCACAAUCUCCCGUUUGACCUGAAGACUCUACUGAUAGCAGCAACGAUAGGAUUUUUCUCCUUCUUCAGCUCCGUGUCCCUUUGUUUCAUUUUGAUGUUCUUCUGGAGUAAAGGGAAAGGCCAAAUCAAGCACACGGCCACCAUCGCGUACGUCCCACGGAGCGCCGUGUCCAACAGCAACACGGGCGCAACCAGCUUCAAGGAGACCGGCAGAUUCACCAUGAAGCUCAUAUGACUCCAUUUAAAAGCACGUCAGCUUCAGUAUCUGAACAGUGAAUCUAAAAUCUUCGUUUCUGUUGACUGAAUGCACACGAGCAUGCUUCAAACAAUUUUACAUACAUUUGCUUUCUUUUUAGAGGCUUUUAUAACCAAAUCUGCACUUUAACAUCAGUUGAAUGUACUAUAUAAUGUAAUGUUUUUGCACUAAUUGCACAUAUUGUAUUUGAAAUCUAUUAACAAAUACCAAUAAAAAAUAGGGAGAAUUAAACUGGUCUGUGUAAAAGAAAUAUACUUGCCUGGCUUUCUGUUAUUACAUUAAAAUAAACAUCUAAAGAGCAUUUAACUCAGCAGAACAUAUCAUACUAAUAACUCAAAAAGCCAAGUACAGCAAUGUUAAAGUUAUCUUAGGGCUUUUUAUAGAUUUCAUAUAAUCUUUAUCUCUUUUUAAGAUUAAUUAAGAAUUUUCUGGCACUUAUUUAUUUUUUUCUGAUAAAUAUACGUUAAAUAAAAUGUGUUCUACUUAUUUAUUCAUUUAAAUUGAGUUAAAUAAAUCUAGCGAUGUUUUUGUGUGUGAUUUCUACUUAAACUUGAAAUAAAGAACUAAAAAGGAGCCAUGAAUCAGGAAUUAAACCGACCAUAAUUUAACAUAAAUAGCCUGCUAGUAAAUUUUAAAAUUACAUUUUUGUGGGGAAAUUUAUUUAUUGAAUUGCAGAAGGGGCCUCCACCAGUGAGUGGAGCUAGCUGCAUGUGCUGUAAACACAGAAAUGUUAAAUAAAGUCUAUAUAUGUUUCUGAUGUGGGGCUGGAGAGGGAUAAUGACAACAGUGCUGAAAUGUAAGUGAUGAUGUUGCCAUGACAAUGCAUUAAAUCAGCCAGUGUGGAGCAUCAGUUGAAAAGGCUUAACUGGUUUCCAUAACAACGUUCAACACAGACCUGGAAAACAAUGAG